GUGCAGGUUAUCUGAUAAAGCUUUUCGGUACCGUAGCUAUCUGUAACACAUGCGAAUGUAAGAUCACCGUUUGACAUCGGUCUCAGCUUUAUCACUAUGAGAUACGAUAAUGACUAGGUUCAUUACAUUACACGAUACAUUAGUAUGAAACUUUUCCAUUGAGCUUUGUGCUAGGAGAAUACGUGGCAAGGCAAUCACACAUAUUAAACGAGAUGUUUCCCUGGUCUAUUUUGUCCCAGCCGUGGAGAGCCGUGGCCGGACUGGUCAGUGUUGUACUCACCGCCACGGUGUGCGGGGAUAUCUGCUGUGUGCCCGACCAGUUCGAGGCGAAUUUGAUCUAUGACAACGCCAACGUUUUUAUUGACGCCAACACCGCUUACAGGUAAUCUUAUUAUGUCAACUCACGGACACAGGUGAUCUUAUUAUGUCAACUCACGGACACAGGUGAUCUUAUUAUGUCAACUCACGGACACAGGUGAUCUUAUAGUGUCAACUCAAGGACACAGGUGAUCUUAUUAUGUCAACUCACGGACACAGGUAACAUUAUUAUGUCAACUCACGGACACAGGUGAUCUUAUAGUGUCAACUCAAGGACACAGGUGAUCUUAUUAUGACCACUCAUGGACACAUGUGAUCUUAUAGUGUCAACUUACGGACACAGGUGAUCUUAUUAUGUCAACUCACGGAUACAGGUGAUCUUAUUAUGUCAACUCACGGACACAGGUGAUCUUAUAGUGUCAACUCACGGACACAGGUGAUCUUAUAGUGUCAACUCACGGACACAGGUGAUCUUAUUAUUUCAACUAACGGACACAGGUAAUCUUAUAGUGUUAACUCACGGACACAGGUAAUCUUAUAGUGUUAACUCACGGACACAGGUAAUCUUAUUUUGUCAACUUACGAAAGGCCAGGUACACAGGUGAUCUUAUUGUGUCCCCUCACGGACGGCCAGGUACACAGGUAAUCUAAUUGUGUAGACUUGUGACAGUCAUUUCUUGACCUAUGUACCCAGGUAAUCUUAUUUUGUCAACUCUAGGACGGUCAGGACUUGACCUAUGCACUUUUUUGUGUGCUUGGAAAUGCUUACAUAUUAUUUAUUUUUGAAUAAGGGGAAAGGGGUAUCCUGUAUGAAUCCCCACUCUUUUUUCCGCUAAAGAUUUGACCCUUGAUACUGGUCCAGUUGCCAUCAUGAACUUCAAUUCCACUUUUUGUGUAAUCAGGAAGCUGUCGUUUUUUUUAAUUGCCCUGUUGAUAUCCAUUGAUAUGCUUCAUCGCUACUGUCAUCAGAACAUGACGAAAACACAAACGCGUGCUUACUUAAUCUUUACGAGUAGUUGUAUGUAAUAUGCAUUGCCUUUGAAAAUGGUUCUUAUGUGGAGUGGUGGAGUGACAAACUCAAAUAAUGUGGGAACAGUAAUUUUGGCUUUGUUUUGAGUGUUGAAAUAAAGAAAUAACUUUGAUCACAAAUAUUACAUGAAAGAUUGGACAGAGCCAUCCGGGACGUUUAGAGCCCCCCCCCCCCCGUGCCACUCUUCGCGUUUUGGCCCAUAGCAUUCAAAGUUGAUGUUUUACCACAUCUCAACCUUGAGCCCAUAAAUACCCCGAGACCCCCUGCAACCACUGCGGUUGCUGGGUCCACACUGCGGUUGCAGGGUCCACACUGCGGCUCUGGACAGGGUUUAGAACUUAGGAUAGUCUCUGAAAUAAUGCUUUAAAUAUGCAACUGAAAUAUUCAACAGCUACACCAACAGCACGGCGCAAGCGGCGUACGACUACACCAACAAUAAGACAUACGUCAAGUUGGUCUCCGUAGAGCUGAGUCCGCUGAUCCCCCAGCCCGUCAGGUCCGAGUACACGAUACUUACCGACUACGUUAAGGUAACACUUGAACAUUUGAACUCUUGUGACUUUUGAAAUAUUUUAACAUUUCGUGUAAAAUCAUUUCUAAAUGCUUUGGGUAAAAAAAAAUAAAGAGCGCGCGCGCGUGUGUGUGUGGGGGGGGGGGAGGGAUUAAUUAGACACAAACAAUUAGGGUACAUAAAACAAUAUAUGCUCAGCUUUAAGGAUGAUUUUACAAAUGGGGGGGGGGGGGGGGGGGGGGGGGGGGGGGGAUUAAUUAGACACAAACAAUUUGUGUACAUAAAACAAUAUAUGCUCAGCUUUAAUGAUGAUUUUACAAAAUACAAAUGUAGACACAAAUGGGGGAGGGACAGGGGGUGGGGUAACAGCUUUCAAGAAAACGAAAUGAGGAACACAUGGAGAGGGAAACUGCUACAGAGUAAGGUGUCGGCAUAAAGCUGUAUGCAGUGAACACUAAUUGAAUAACAAGGAAUAAUGAAAGAUGAAAUAAACUUAGAUUAGGAAACUGUGUCUGAGCUAAAUGUGAGAACUCUUGAGCUUUUUUUUUGCCAUUCAUUAUUUGUGUGUGUUUUUUUUCCCCCCAGCUUCACCAAAUAUGUGUUCCUCAUUUGAAGUUCCCAAAUCGAUAAAUCACAAAACGCAUUACUUGGAGACGUUGGGGCCCACCUCCAAACCCGAUUUGCUCCAUUACUCAGGGAAAUGUUGCUGUUUUUUUAAACGCCAUUAAAGAGAGCAACUUUAUGUGAAAUGUAAAGUCGAAAACUCUUCAUCUUGAUGGCAUGCUUACGUCAGCUUAAACAUUUCAGACACUUGUUCUAGUUUUUUUUAUUUUUAUUUCCCAUUCGUUUCAUUUAUUUAUUUUUUUUGGUUUUGUUUUUGAGUCUCUGAAAUCAACAUGCCUGAUAUAAAUAUAGUCACAUCCGUUGGUAACACAUGUAAAACAUCAGGUGCCAUAGAACACACAUUUACAUUCAACUAAGAAACUCAUGAGUGAAUGUUUGUUCGAUCUAGAGAGAGUUUAUUUUCAGGGUGUCCAGUAUCAGUUCACAGAUACUCACUGCGAAAAAUCAAGUGUUGGCUCCAUGCAGAAACCGUGUAUCCCGGGUAAGUUAGAAGGGUUUCACAUGUAGGUAGUUUGGUGAGUGUGUAGAGUGUAGAGAGGUAAGGUGAGAGAACAGAGAGAGAGAGAGAGAGAGAGAGAGAGAGAGAGAGAGAGAGAGAGAGAGAGAGAGAGAGAGAGAGAGAGAGAGAGAGAGAGAGAGAGAGAGAGAGAGAGAGAGAGAGAGAGAGAGAGAGAGAGUAGAGAGAGAGAGAGAAAGAGAGAGAGAGAGAGAGAGAGAGAGAGAGAGAGAGAGAGAGAGAGAGAGAGAUAGAGACCGUAUUAAAAAGAGCUUCAGAAGUUGAAGACUAUGUAUAAAAAGUACUUAAGCUACAAAAUACCCAUUUUUGAGAUGAUCCAGUUAAAAUAUUAUUUUUGUCUAUAAAAUUUGAUCAUUCUUAUUUUUUGGCUUGUUUAAAUACGGGACUAGUUUAUAUUUUAAUGUGUUCACAUUUAUGCAGUGCACUUGGCUAAACCGGAUACAAAAAUAUCACAGUUUAGAUUGAUUUUAGCAAAAAUGUGGCUUAAGUACUUUUAGGACUAGGGUACAGGUCAAGCUGUUAUGAUAACGCGUGGGAUGUGACAUACAGAAACUUAAGAAAACGAGGAAGAAAAAGAGAGCCAGGAAGUCAUCCUAUGUAAAUAUUAUUAUUUACAGAUCAACACACUUAUCUCAGCAUUGUGUUAUACUUUAUCACACAUUGUAUUAUGUAAAAAAGGACUGAAAAAGACAGUAUUCCUCCCAUAACAUAGAUUGAUUUCUAUUCCUACCUAGACAACGCCAUAAAAGUGAACAGCGGAUUUUUCGGCAACAACCAAACCAAGGUCGUGACCUUUCAGUUCACACCUGCUGGCACCACGUUAAAUUACCUGGCCACAAUUGAUCCGACCAGUGGGUGAAGGUUUUCUUACUUUAUUUAAAUCUAACUUUCCUGGUUCCCAAUUUUAUUAUAUCGGUUUGUUAAGAGUAUGAGCGAUAUCAGCAAAUCACAGAUUCUGUUCUGUCUCCACAUUUCAUGCUACAUAUAUAGGGCAGCCGCGGCGACCCUAGAUAUUUUCUAUAGGUUGUUGGGGAACUCUAAAUGGGCUUCACCACAAUUACUAACAACUGCUUACAUUCUGUCUGGUCCUCGCCAGUCCACACAGGCAGUCGUCUUCAAAAUGGUCGUCCGCAGAAGUGGAAACUUGUUUUAAAGUUAAAAACAAUCAAUUAAAUUUAAAAAAAAAAAGUAAUUCUGGAUUUCCCCGGAUGAUCCAUCCUACUGAAAAAAAUUCUAGAAGCACCGUGUGAAGGUGCAUGCGAGUAAGUCUGAAAAUGGGUCCGUGUUUUUUUUUUGCAAUCGCACUUUCCAAAGAUGAACGUUUCGAAAAAAAGUAGUUUUAUUUUAUCGUAAUGGAUUACAAUUACCCCAGCUCCCCAGUACCCUGGCAGUGCUAUACUGUGCAGUACCCUGGCAGUGCUAUGCUGUGCAGUAUGUACCCUGGCAGUGCUAUACUGUGCAGUACCCUGGCAGUGCUAUACUGUGCAGUACCCUGGCAGUGCUAUACUGUGCAGUAAGUACCCUGGCAGUGCUAUACUGUGCAGUACCCUGGCAGUGCUAUACUGUGCAGUACCCUGGCAGUGCUAUACUGUGCAGUACCCUGGCAGUGCUAUACUGUGCAGUACCCUGACAGUGCUAUACUGUGCAGUACCCUGGCAGUGCUAUACUGUGCAGUACCCUGGCAGUGCUAUGCUAUGCAGUACCCUGGCAGUGCUAUACUGUGCAGUACCCUGGCAGUGCUAUGCUAUGCAGUACCCUGGCAGUGCUAUACUGUGCAGUACCCUGACAGUGCUAUGCUAUGCAGUACCCUGGCAGUGCUAUACUGUGCAGUAAGUACCCUGACAGUGCUAUGCUAUGCAGUACCCUGGCAGUGCUAUACUGGGCAGUACGCUGACACUGCAAUACUGUGCAGUACCCUAGCAGUGCUAAACUGUGCAAUACCCUGCAUUGCAGUGCUCUAUUGUGCAAUAUCUUGGCAGUGCUAUAUCAAGAAAGGAAUUAGUUUGACUGAGGGCCGUUUUUAAAUACUUGUUUGUGACUGACACUUAUCGAAUGACGGUGAUAAAAUAUUGUAUGACCUUACAACCGAAGUGAUGCACCACAAUAUCCUCAUAUCAAAGUGGGAAGUUUAUAUCUUAUCGUCUCAAUUAGUCUGUAUGCCGGUGGUGGAGGUAUUUGUUGCUGGUGACGUCGUGCCGGACAGUGGGUCCAUCAACAGUGUCCUAGUGUCAGAUGUUACACCUGGGAUUAAAGAUCCAACCAUAUUCGACCCACCGAAAAUUUGUUUGACCAAAUCCAGCAGACGUGAUAAAGUAAGUUUUUUUGUGUCCUUUUUUAUCUCCAAGCUAGUGGCUUACAUGUCUAAAUGCUGUUUCUUCCUUUUUGAUCUCCAAGAUAGUGGCUUACAUCUCUAAAUGCUGUUUCUUCCUUUUUGAUCUCCAAGACAGUGGCUUACAUGUCUAAAUGCUGUUUUGGGGUUGGGGUGGGGAUUGAAUUUCCCAAGACCGCGACUAAAGGAGCUGUUAAACUCUAAUACGAGCCGGUGGCAUAGGAAAGCGGGUGCAGAGGGGCGGCAUCUUCGGCCAACUGCAGAGUUUCGACGGGGCGGCAAAAAACUUGUCCCGCCCCCGUAAGCAUUAACCGUAGCUACACCGCUGAUAGGAAUGUCACAAAAACUUUCACUACAUUAGACUGCAUACAUUAAUUUGCGUCAUGGAGCUUUGGUUUUAUCACUUGAAUUGAGAUAUAUCAUCAUUAUGUAACGGAAUUUUUAAAAAUAACUCCACUGUUAUUACGAAUUUAUAUAAAAAUGUUUGGAGGUUUAACUUUUUGCCCAUAAAUAUUAUAUGAUUACUUUGGCAACGCUGACCAGCCAAAGCCUCAAACUUGCGAAUGAACAAACCCGAAAUAUGAUUGAUGAAGAUGACAUGGGGGCAUCGAUGAAAAAAAAGAAUUAUAAACACAAUGGGAAUAAACAGUUUGCUGGAACAAAAAGUGGCCCCUUGUUCUAGUGGCAGCCUGUUCUAGUGGUACUCUGUUCUAGUGGUUCUCUGCUUUGUUGGUACCCUAGUCUUGAACUACAAUCGGCUUUGUAAUCUUUUUGGAGGGACCUCUGUUAAAUUUUUCCUUUUCCAUUUUGGUUCCGACACUGUUGGACAAGUUGUUUACUUGAAGAUAUAAACUUAUAGUCUACGUAUUAUGUUUGUACUUUGCAAUAUUUUCACACGCUCAUAAUAUAUUUUAAUAUAAAUUGUCAAAUAAUCUAAUCAUUAGAAGCGUUUUGUUAUAUUUUCAUCACAUUUUGUGAUCAGUUAUGUCGCUUUGAAAAAAACAACAUCAAAAUAAAUAAUAGUUCAUUUCAUAAUCUUUCGAAAAAUCUGAGGUUCUUGUUACAAUCCUUAUGUAAAGAUGAGUUCAAAUAAGCUUUUGAUGCAAAAACAACAGAUUUCCCGAAAUAUUAAGCAUUCAACUUUAAUUCACUUUUACCCCAAAGUAAUAUCUUCAAAAUUUUAGUAAAUAUCAUUGUUUAGAAACCGAUUAAAAUUAUGAUAUCCUUGAGAGCUAAAUUUGUGGUAAAACAUUGAAAUGAAAUGGUUAAAAUAAUGUAUAACAUAAUUUAACGUACAAACGUUUUGUUAUACGUGGCCUAACGGAAGUUUAAUAAAAAAAUAGUCCCAUCAAUGUCUGUCAAAUUUUCUCAACAAUUUUUGAAAAAUGUCCUUCGGUUUAAAUUUUUAAGUUGAUAUUUCGAUUUAAGCAAAGCAAGAGGGUGAGAAUUAUUGACAAUCAUGAUUAUAUAGAUCGCACUGUAACAAUUAUUGCCAUUAUUCCUAAAGUAAAUUAAACUAAAAUUUAUUUUUAAAAAAAUUCGUACGAUUCUCACAGACCGACCUACUUGUCAGUCAUGACAUGACGUUUUCGUGUUGUUUUAUUUCAGGCUGUCAGCCCACACCUGAAGAGACUGCGGAGAAACAUCAUGACGACGUUCCCAUUCCACACGAAGCAUUGAUUACACUGUUUUUCUCAAUGAUCGAUUUCCACAUUGUGAUCGAAUAAAACGUUUCAGGAAUAA